CUGGGCUACAGAGGUGCGCAUGCGCCAACGUCACAUCCGGUGUGGUGGUCGGGUCCGCCAGGAGUCUGGGGACGCCCGCCGGAGUUUGGAGCGUUUAGCCAUGUCGGCGUCGGUAUUGUCGGUCAUCUCGCGGUUCCUAGAAGAGUACUUGAGCUCCACUCCUCAGCGUCUGAAGUUGUUGGACGCCUACCUCCUGUAUAUAUUACUGACCGGGGCGCUGCAAUUCGGUUAUUGUCUCCUCGUGGGGACCUUCCCCUUCAACUCUUUCCUCUCGGGCUUCAUCUCUUGUGUGGGGAGCUUCAUCCUAGCGGUUUGUCUGAGAAUACAAAUCAACCCACAGAACAAAGCGGAUUUCCAAGGCAUCUCCCCGGAGCGCGCCUUUGCUGAUUUUCUGUUUGCCAGCACCAUCCUGCACCUUGUUGUCAUGAACUUCGUUGGCUGAAUCAUUCCCGUUUACUUAAUUGAGGAGUGGGAGACUAGAAAAAUGUUCCCUUUUUGAUUUCCCCCGGAUAAGAGCUCUUGAGAUGGCAGUUUGUUGGCCACAUGGAUUUUCUUCAGAUUUAAACUUGCUACCAACUCUGAUUUGGUCUGCAGUUCCCUAGCUUCUCCGUCAGAACAACUUUGUAACGAGCAUUUAUUAGCACAGCCUCUGCCUUCCACUAAGUGCAUUAAGUGUAACCUUUUCGCUUUUCAAAUUAAAAAACUCCAUGCCACUCCUU